CCUUCCUCCUUCCGCUCUUCUUCUCUCUCUUCUCUGCAUCUCUCUCUCGUCGGGAGGAGAAAGGAAGGAAGAGGGUGGCAGGAGGAGGAGGAGGCCCCCCCCAUCCUUCCUCCCUCCCCUGCGCUGAGCUGCGAUGGCGGACGGCAACCCGGACGGCAUCAAGAGAUACACCCCUCCCGUGCACAGGAACCGUGCUAACAAUCGACGCAAGUCUGGAGAUAGGGCUGAGAAGGCUAGUUAUUUGUACAAUAAUGAUGGAGAGAAGAGCCAUGCUCCUUCAUUAAAGAACCUUCCACCAAUUAUCCCUCAUGAGACUUUUUUCAGCAAUCCUCAGAAUGAUUACAGUCAAACAAGAUUAAUACCCUUGGAGGGAUGUUGUGCCAGUGAGGCUGCCCAGCUUCUCAAUGACCGUUGGGCUGCAGCAAUGAACUUGUACAAUGAUCAGUCAUAUGAUUCCCCUGAUAAGCCGGUGAUGUACUCUGGAUCUAGUGGAUCAUCAUGGGGUCAUGGUCACAUGAAACUUCCUCAUCAGUACAGAUGAACUUCUCUGAGGAGUUGCGCCGUGCCCUAGAUGAGCAACCAGUCACAGGACCGUCUGUCAACACCUGGAACUAAUCAAGCUCAAGCUGCAUUGGAGUGCUAAGAUUUACAAAAAAGCAAUCUAUUGCCAGUUCGCUGUGUGUUGUAUCUUGUACUGAAACUGUAUGCAUGAUGCGACUAUAAAUGCUUUACUCUAACUUGCAACUCCUUUGGUUUAUAACAGAAACGGCAAUCCUGCCCAUUUGUAACCUUAUGGAUGGAAAGCCAGCCUGCUGUAUCAUGUGGAGUACUUUAGCAUGCAGAAGUGCAGAACCAAUGCUAUAUAUAUAUCCCUCUUCUUAAGGGUGAACUUUUGCAGUUUUGUCA